AUGGUCUUCCACACCAGAGACAGCGAGGAUGGGAUUCCCACAGGUUACCACUUGGAGUCCCACAGUGCAUCCCACUGGGUCAUCGAGGAGUUGAUGCUUCUGGCCAACAGGUGCGUUGCCAAGCGCCUGGCCAUGUCGGAGCUCUCCGAGGUGGCGGUGCUGCGGAACCACAAGCCACCGGAUCUGAAGAAGGCGGAGACGCUCCAAAAGCUCAUGCGAGAGCGCCUUGGGAUCAAGGACUUCAGCAUGUCUUCGGCCUUCGCCAUCUACAAGUCGUGCCAGGACAUCUACCAGAAGCAUGGCAAAAUGCUGGGGCUGUGUGUGGAGAUGAUGAUCAUGCGCGCCGGGAUGAAGCAGGCAGAAUACUUCCUCUACGGUGUCGUCGAGGAAGAAGAGGAGGAGCAUUGCCCUCAUCACUUUGCGCUGAAUUUUGACUACUACACGCAUUUCACUUCGCCCAUUCGGCGAUAUCCAGACGUGAUGGUGCACAGAGUGCUGUGUGCACUCUUGGAUCGUCAGAUGGAGCCUCGAGGACCAGCAGAAGAAGGCGAAGAAGAGGGGCCUGCCUUCUUUCAGACUCGCGACGAAGCCAAGGAGCAGGUGAAAAUCUGCAACGAGAAGAAGAUGAAUUCCCGGAGGUGCCAGGAGCAGCUCGACCGGGCUGUGUUCUGUAUCUACCUGCGCUCGAUGAAGUCUUGGUGCUACACCGUGGGCACCAUCCUCGCCAUGACCCGGAACGAGCGAGACGGCGACUCGUUAACUGUCUACUGCUCCCAGCUGGGGCGAGAGAGCAAGGUGACCCUUUGCCGCGCAUCUGCGGAGGAAGACAACGUGGAACUCUUCAGGAACGGUGUCGAUGACGAGCUGCUCCUGCCGGACAACUGGGAGUGGCUCGGCAGAGGUGCCAUUCAGAUCACGUGGAGAUCCCGAGAGGACAAAGAGGAGGUUCAGAAGCUGCAGACCCUCUCCUGCAUCCCGAUCGUCAUCAUCCCAACGAACACGGUUCCCAUCGACUACGCUCUGUUCGUCGUGUCACCGUUCCAUAAGAAGUACUCGGAAGUGAAGGCGGACAUCAAAGAGAGCGAGUUCGACGGGUUCACCUGGACAGAGGAGGACGAGGAGGGUGUCGAUGUCGUGUACGACGAGGGUCGGGGAGCCCAGUCGUGGGAGCGGUGUCGUGCAUUGUUCUGCGAGCUCCUGUGGAUGGAGUUACUGAGUGAUGGAGGCAGCUCGCCCAGCACGCCCAAGCAGAUAGAGUCGCCUGUUCAGCGAUCUGUUGAUGGAAAUCCUGGGCGGAAGAGCAUGGUAAAUGCGCUGCCGGCUGCACGGAGAGCGGGAGGGGUGUGGCAUAGGUCUGCGGGAGGGGGAAAAAAGAAGUCGCAGGUGAACAGCGAGUUCGUAAAGGGGAAGCCUACCAAGCAGUCGGCGACCCAUGGCUGCAGAGGGAAGCUGGCUAAAGUCCUGCAGAGCUCUCAGCUCAUGAACAUCAUGGCACUGGUGAUUUUGGUCGAUGCCCUUGUCACUGUGGUAGACGUGGAUGCCCGGGCAGCUGGCAAUGAGCCGCCUCGGGCCAUGAUGGCCCUUUCAGAUAUUUGCCUCUGCAUGUAUACAGCAGAGCUUCUGGCUAUGAUCUUCGUAGGUGGACUGCGGAUUUUUCUGAACUGGAUGCCUCUUCUGGAUUUACUGAUCGUCCUUUGCGGCUAUGCGGAGAUGGUGAUGGCGAACUUCCUUACUCCUGAAGAGGUUGGUGCGAUGAGUCUCCUGCGCGCCCUUCGUUUGGUCCGCAUCAGUAGGCUGAUGCGGCUACUGCGGAAGAGCCGCUCCUUAAAGGAGCUGCAAAAGCUGGCAACCAUGAUGACGACUUGUUUCAAGGCCUUGCUUUGGUCGUUCCUCCUUUGCUUCGUGAUCAUGACCCUGUGGGCCAUGUUGAUGGUUGAGAUGCUACAUCCGCUGAUAAAGGAUAAUCCUGACUUCGCCAGCUGUGGCGACCUGUGCUUGGAAGCGACCUCUUCGGUGAUGCGUGCAAACCUGCUGCUGUUCCAGACCGUGAUUGCUGGUGACAGCUGGGGUCUGAUAGCGGUUCCGCUGAUCUUGAAGCACCCGGAGACUGCAAUCAUAUUCGUUCUCUCACUCUUGACAUUGGUUUUUGGAGUACUGAACUUGAUCGUAGCUGUUGUCAUCGACAUGUUUGCUGAAGCCCGCGAACGGGAUAUGGUGAACCUGGCAGAGGAGCUGGAGUACGAACUGGAGGACGACAAAAAAUACUUGCAGAAACUCUUCGAUAGAAUGGACGCAAACAACGACGGCGAGCUCUGCUUCGAGGAGCUCAUGGCCGGAGCAGGCCGGGACCCCGAGUUCCAGAGCCGCCUGAGAGUCAUGGACAUCGACCAGGCAGAUCUUCAGAUGCUCUUCGACAUGGUCGACCUGAAUGGAGACGGAAUGAUCCAGCCGACAGAGUUCAUCGGGCCCCUUAGCAGAUGGGCGAGGGACUCGAAGACGGCGCCGCGCUUCGUGAAAUACAACCUCAUGAAGAUGCAGGCGCAGCAGGAGGAACUCUUCUACCUCUCCGACUUCUACCUGCGGAGUCUCUCGGACCGCCUCGACACUCUGACCUCCAAGAUGUGCCCGAACGGCAGCGAGGGAGAUGCGACCCCACGAAGCGUCAGCAAAAGCGACGCAGAGGUUCACAGCGUGCCCGAGUCAGAGGUCAUCGAGCCGCCUGCAGCCUCCGCUCCCGUCUUCCCACCCUUCCCGUCCCACCCCAGGACGGAACCUCCGAUAGACCCCUCAGACCUUGGCAAGCAGCUUGCUAGUCUUCCCGCCGAGCACGUCGAGGAUGAUCCCCUGCAGCACUCCGAGGAUCUCGUGCGUCACUUAAGGAGCGAGCUCUCGCGUACGGAGCGGUACCUGCACGCCAGCAUGGAGGAGUCCCUGAAGAGAUCCGUCGCCAAAAUCGAGGGGCUUUUGAAGGAGAAUGCCCGUGUGAGCUCGGGACCCGAGUUCCCCCCCGCCGCGGCGCGGCCUCUCAGAAGCUCGGUGCCGCAUGCUUUUGGACGAAAGUCCAUCACCCUCCACCAUGAGAAGCUUCAUCUACCCACCUUCGAAGGCAAACAGUUCCCCCACAAGUUCGAGGCUCUUGGCAAGCCACCAGUCAAAGACUUGGCGGCUCAGCCAAAGCCGGGGGUCAACUACAGCCCCUUGCGAGCAAUGGGUGAAAGAUGGCUUUCCGAUCAUCCACUGUUGUCCUGCAACUCGGCAUUGGCUGGGAGUGUUUGGCCCCUGGCAGUUGUGGUGGCUUUCCUGACCCUGGCCCCCAGCUUCGUGCCGGCAGCCAACAAGGCGGAGCCGCAACCUCCGCAGCAGGCAUCGUUUGGUAUUUUGGGUUGGGUGCAUGAGCUGAACCAGUUUGGCUUGGCGGAGACCUCAGUGUUUGCGAUUUUCUUCCUCGGGUUCUUUAUUGCCGGCUUGGUCCGCAUGUUCAACGCCACUCGCUUGCCAUUGGCUUCGGGAUGCUUCGCACUGGAUAGCGACAGGUUGGAAAGCUGUGAGUUGGAGAUGAAUGUUGCUGCUCUUGAGAUGAGGUCGGAAGAUGGCGCUCCGAUCUGCAACGAUCCUCCUGACGCUGGGCAGCAAGACUGGCCCCUGGCUGUCGUGGUGGCCUUCCUGACCCUGGCCCCCAGCUUCGUGCCGGCAGCCAACAAGGUGGAGCCGUCUUUGCGGGGCUCGGCUGUGCUCACCUCUGGCGCCGCGGCUGCGUUGAUCGGAUCCGUUCCAGAGCCAGCGCACGCAUUCUCUGAGACGGAGCUGAACCAGUUCGGCUUGGUGUUUGCGAUUUUCUUCCUCGGGUUCUUUAUUGCCGGCUUGGUCCGCAUGUUCAACGCCACUCGCUUGCCAUUGGCUUCGGGAUGCUUCGCACUGGAUAGCGACAGGCAGCUCUUGGCACCUUCGACGCAAAGGUCCGUAUGUGGUUCACAUGUCGUUUUUCAGCUGAGGUUGGAAAGCUGUGAGUUGGAGAUGAAUGUUGCUGCUCUUGAGAUCAGGUUUUUGUCGUGA